CUGACACUUGUUGCGCAUCCACCCCGGGAGAGGCCACCGUCAACCCGCUCCAGCGUUUUUCCUCUGGGAUUUCCUCCUGCGGAGGGAGUGAUGAACUCCAUCGACCCUCAGUCCCAUCACCAGCAGCACCAGCAACACCACCAGCACCACCAGCAGCAGCACCAGCAGCACCAGCACAACACCUCUGCGCAAGUUGGCUCCCUCCCACCCAAAGGCGCACAGGAGUCCCCGGACAUGGCCGCGGUUUACUGCGACAACUUCAGCAGCAUGUACCACCAGCAGAGCCUGCAGGGCGCGCAGAGGCCGGCCGCCUACGGCCUCGGGGACUACGCCUCGUCCCCGAACCCUUACCUGUGGCUCAACGGGCCGGGCGUCAACUCCUCCGCCGCGUCCUACCUGCACGGCAACAGCCCGGCGUCGUUCAUCCCGCCCGCGUACGGCGCGCAAAGGCAGUUCAUCGCCAACUCGCCCGGUUUUGGAGGCGCAGACCUGGGCUGGCUGUCCAUCGCCAGCCAGGAGGAGCUGCUGAAGCUGGUGCGGCCGCCCUACUCCUACUCGGCGCUCAUCGCCAUGGCCAUCCAGAACGCGCACGAGAAGAAGCUGACCCUCAGCCAGAUCUACCAGUACGUGGCGGACAACUUCCCCUUCUACAAGAAGAGCAAAGCCGGCUGGCAGAACUCGAUCAGGCACAACCUGUCCCUGAACGACUGCUUCAAGAAGGUGCCGAGGGACGAGGAUGAUCCAGGAAAAGGGAACUACUGGACAUUGGACCCAAACUGUGAAAAGAUGUUCGACAACGGAAAUUUCCGCCGGAAAAGGAAACGGCGGUCGGACCCGGGCAGCUCUGGGGGAGCGGCGUCUGCGGCCACCAAGGCCGAGGACGGCAGGCCGGUGGGGGCCGCCCCGCUCAAGCCCCCGGACAGUCCCCAGCUCCUGGGACCCCCCUCCCCGGAGAUGCAGGCCAUGAGCGAAAACCACAAAACGUCCCCCUCCUCCCCGGCCGGCCUGGCCUCCACCGCCCCGUGCUUCAAUAACUUUUACAGCAACAUGUCCACGCUCAGCUCGGUGGCCCCCCCCGGCCGACAGGGCUCGCUGGGACUAGUGAACGAGCUGUCCAACAGGAACAUAACCGCCCUGAGCCCCUACCACCCCGGGCACGGCGGGCAGGACGCGGGCGCGUCGGAGCACGGCGAGGGCCUGCAUUUCAACCGGGGAGUGUACUACAACGCGUUUGGCGGCGGCCAGAGCGGACAGUUCAACGGCCACUUCUACAACAGCUUCAGCGUCAACAGCCUGAUCUACCCCAGGGACGGGACCGAGCUAUAG